CGGCCGGAGGUGGCCUCCCGGCUCCUGCUGCUGCUGCUGUCGCCGUAGCAGCCCCCCGUGCGCGUAGCGGGCGCGUGCGUUGGGCGCGACGCCACACCAUGGCGCUCGCCAUGACGCCCUGGAGAGACUCCGUCGACCCGGCCGACCUGGUGAUCGGCCUGCCGCCGCCGCUGCCCCCCGGUACACCGCACUCCUCGUCGUCUUCGGACAAGAACGGACAGCACGCGAACAUCGAGUGCGUCGUGUGUGGCGACAAGAGUUCUGGCAAGCACUACGGCCAGUUCACCUGUGAGGGAUGCAAGUCGUUCUUCAAACGCAGCGUGCGCCGCAACCUGACGUACACGUGUCGCGGAAACCGAAACUGCCCCAUCGACCAACACCACCGGAACCAGUGCCAAUACUGCCGCCUCAAAAAGUGUCUCAAAAUGGGCAUGCGUCGAGAGGCCGUGCAGCGGGGCCGGGUGCCACCGUCGCAGCAUGGUGGCCUGCCGGGUCAGAUGUCGCUGAGCAACGGCGAUGCGGCGGCCGCAGCGGCGCUCAACGGCCACUCGUACCUGUCCAGCUUCAUCUCGCUGCUACUGCGCGCCGAGCCGUACCCCCCGAGCAGGUACGCGCAGUGCAUGCAGCCGAACAACAUCAUGGGCAUCGACAACAUCUGCGAGCUGGCUGCCAGGUUGCUCUUCAGCGCUGUCGAGUGGGCCCGCAACAUACCCUUCUUCCCGGACCUGCAGGUGACGGACCAGGUGGCGCUCUUACGGUUGGUCUGGAGCGAGCUGUUCGUGCUGAACGCGUCGCAGUGCUCUAUGCCGCUGCACGUGGCGCCCCUACUGGCGGCAGCGGGUCUUCACGCGUCGCCCAUGGCGGCGGACCGCGUGGUGGCCUUCAUGGACCACAUCCGCAUCUUCCAGGAGCAGGUCGAGAAGCUCAAGGCACUGCACGUGGACGCCGCCGAAUACAGCUGCCUCAAGGCCAUCGUGCUCUUCACCACCGACGCCUGCGGCCUCUCAGACGUGGCGCACAUCGAAAGCCUGCAGGAGAAGUCCCAGUGCGCGCUCGAAGAGUACUGCCGAACGCAGUACCCGAACCAGCCGACGCGGUUCGGGAAGCUCCUGCUGCGGCUACCCAGCUUACGGACAGUCAGCUCGCAGGUUAUCGAGCAGCUCUUCUUCGUGCGCCUGGUAGGCAAGACGCCCAUCGAGACGCUGAUACGCGACAUGCUGCUGUCCGGCAGCUCGUUCAACUGGCCCUACAUGCCGCUCCAGUGACCUCCGUCGGGGGUCCACGCGACGUUGGACCCCUGGGCAUCCUCACUGCUGCCCACUGCUGCUCCCCUCUGGCAACCGCUGGCCACCGGCCCCGUCGCGGCCACCAGUCCUCUGGCUGCCGAGACGGCGGCUGACGUGCUCGGCGUGCCUCAGGACCCGUUCCGCAGGAAUGGCAAGCAGCUGUGACCUGCUCCUUGCAAGCGCAUCGCGAGACGUCGCGCGGCCAAUCCCAUUCCACCCGGUGUGUUGUUGAGACGGCGGCACCAAGAAGGUCUCCGCAGUGAGUUGUCGGUUCAAGCAGCGCGCGGAUACGACGUCCUGCAGCGGCUAACCUGUGGCUGGCAGCGUCUUGAGGUUCUUCGUCAUCCUGGUCCUCGAAGUUAUGCCUAUGGUCCAGGACCUGUGCUGGAUCGAGGCGCCCAUCCCGUCAUCGUGGUCGGCGUGCUGUGUAGAGCGCGUAGCAAAAAGCGGUCAGUGUACGGAGUCAGUCGGCGACCGCUAACCCUAAACUUACAACAGCAACACCGUCUUGUUGCCGGUGACCUCUUGACGUUCCUCGACACCACUGUUCCCUCAGUUCCACCUGCUAUGUUGGACUACUAGUAGAUAACGUUUAGUGGCCUACGGACACGUCACUGAUGAAGUCGCCUUGCCGCCGCUCUUUUCUCGAGUUUGCGAGAACUACUGUUGGCUGUCUGCUGUCCAGGGACGUGAAAGGGAAGUUGGUAGCUUGAAAAGGAAUCAUCUGGUCUCGAGACAUGCGGAUCGUGCGCAUGGAAGCAAUGAUUGUGCUUGAACACGAGGUUAUGCGAAAAACAGCGCAUGAGCAACGUUGUAUUGUACAGGGUAGGGCGCCAGGAGGCUGCUAAUUUUCCAACUGUUCUGCGUUGAUUUUUCUAUUGAAUGUCACAGUUCAAGAAAAAAAUUGCCAGCAUUGGUGACAUCUGAUUCGCGUUUUCCAUGACCCUCAGGCAUUAGGGCGUGCUGUCAUCGAAUUAGAAAACUACAAGACCUUUGAAAGAAGCCCCUGGUAUGUUCAAAGCGCUGCCUGUCGGGGAAGUCCUGUGCAGAGUCGCAUCUCAAGAACGUACCGCAGCUUGGCCGAGAUCAGCCCGUGGUUCUUGUACUUAGACUCUCGCCACUCAGCGCUGUUUAUAACUGCAAAGAAGCUCGCUUCUGCCCUUUAUCAUGCUUGCAGUAAAUUGACAGCCAGACUAAAUGCCACUUUUCCCGUCUGCUGCCACAUCACCGGUGAUAUCAGUGAGCUAACCAUAGUUAACGUCAACGUCCGGUGACAGAGUAUAGCCGACAGAAGCCUGCGUCACAGCGGACUGUGCGACGGUGCAGCGUCAGACGCAACUCGAGUUUGUGAACGGGAGUGUGAUGAACACCGACAAACUGAGGUACAGCUCAACAGUUUGGACCGCAGUUCUCGCGAGUCGCAGAGAACAAUCACAGUGUGCAGUGUGUGUUCGGACAAUGCAUCUUUUGUUCUUGUAAAUACGUUAGUGACUGACGAGCGGACCAGAAAAAAAAACGCAGUGAGCAGGACAUGUUGCCUUUCAGGGCAAACGCUAUAACGAGAUAUCCUUUUCAGUGUACAGAUAAUGCAUACAUAUUCGCCCUCUCUAUUCCCCAGAGUAAUCUGUCGAAAGUGUCGCUGCUGUUUCUCCCAUUGUCCGCUGAAUCACUUCCAGCUCACCACUUCGAUACCAUACCAUACCAUACCAUACCACAAAUUGCUGGAUAGGCCGUCUCGAACCUUUCGAGUGAUAAAACAGGGAGUCGUAUUCAAAUGCUCGGCUUGCCUCGCGUGUCAGAAGAUUCACACCAUGGGUGCCAAAUUUACGCAUCGAACCCUCGUGCGGAGGCCAAAUGCUCAUCCAUUCUCAUUCAUUCACAUCCACAGGAGCGGACCUUGUACGCUUAAGAUAUGAGAUUCAGUAGUUGCUGCUUAUUAUUUGCCUUCGUCUUACUGCUGCUCUGUAGAGAACAUCUACGAAAAGAAAAGCUGCAAUGAAGGCGCUGUGACCAUAACAUCAUCCUAAAACGAUAAGAGAAAUUUAUUAGCUCAUUCCUUCGUACUUCGGGGUUAAGUGAAAAUUUUUGAGUGGUACAGCCCGUGGCGUACAGGUACCCCGGUUUUUAGAGUGUCUUCAGAAUCAUGUGGUUUUCAUCUUGUAGUGUAGGCACGCCGUUGUUAUAAUUUGUUCGUCUCACCCCGUCAUCUCCUAGCUUUCGCAACAUAUAAACAUUAGUGCUGCUGCCAAAUGAACGCAAGUGUCGCCGAGCAUCGAACACGGAAUGGCAUCUAAAAGCAGUCCACAGUUUUCUUUUUUUUCUGAAUUGACGACAGUUUUAGAAAUAUACGUGCUUGGAGUUAAGCGAUCGUGACGUCUGGCCUUUUGAUCUACAGUGGUGUUUCUCGAAGUUUCAGGCGCAGGUUACGUAGCGCCACCACAAAGCCGUCUUCUGUUUUCACUUUCUUAUCUUCAUCUAUGGAUAUUGGCAACACACGCGACAUUCUUAUCGUCAAAAUUAUUGCCGAAUAUCUCCUGAAAAAGCACCUUUCUUGAGGACAACUUGCAGGGUAACAAAUUGAGGUGCUGGUUGCCCCGAUGGGAUUUCUCGAGUGAUCCAAAUUUGAAUUUCCGAAGGAACGCUGAAGUUGAAUAACGUCAGUCCUUGUUUGGCGAAAGUAUAUCUGACCAUCAUAUUUCGCCAACUCUCUGCAUGCUCCCUUCGGAAUGCUCAUAAAAGUGAGAAAGCCCGAGCUGCCCGAUCAGUUCUGUAGACAGCUCGUUUUUUGGAAGUAUGAAGCCACAGCGCAGAGACAUCCACUUGUUGCGAGCCACCCUGCCAGGUUCCCUCGUUUUUCUAGGCCAUAGCUUUCGCUUCAUGUAUUGUGCGUCAUCAAAAAACGCGUCCCCACACACAUCUCAGUGACUGCAAGUAACGACUGCUAGUGUCUCAAAACAGUUCAGCUAGUCGUUGAUCUCGGCGACCUUCGACACCGUUGGUUACACUGUAUAGUUCUUGCGCUCAUUUUAUCCCAUCUUUCACACGGACAGAGAGCCAAAUUAAGCCGUUAUAUGAUGAAGAAAAACACUCCACAGCCGAGCUGCAUUCGUAUAUGUGUGUACUCAAUUAUGUGUGCCUGUGUGUAUGUGUGAACGUUGUACACAUUGUGGUAUUUUAUCAGUGUCGAUACAGCGUCUUUGUCCUGUUCUAUCUGCCCGCUUCUGCUUUGUGAACCUCUGACAUUUUUAGAGUAAGAGAAAAAGAGAGAGAGAGAGAGAAAAGAUAUCGCCUUCCCUUGCGGUGCGUUUAUUCAUGCUUAGGUGCUUACCUAGCGUAUAAAAUUAUUUAAACUAUGGUCUGCGCGAAAGAAAACGUUGAAAAGAAGCGUUUCGCGAUUGAACUGUCGGCAUGAACCUAUGAGGUACUUAAAGCGAGUUGCAGCUACCUCAGGCUUUCGAUUACCUAAAUUGACUUAACGCUAACCUGGAAUCUAGAAGAAAAACACUUUUACUCACAAUGAUAGUAGAGACUCUGCAUUGCCUUUUUUACCAGCCGAGAGUCGGUUAGCGAACAAAUAUAAGUGAUCCGAGAACAAAGCUCAUACUACUUGCCUGUGCUAUAGCCACCACAGUCAGAUUAUACUUCUCUCUGGCCAGAGUAAAACGCAGUCCAUUGACGCAGUGCUUGGGGAGAGCGAUCAGGGGUUCACGCCACCCAAAGCCGAAGCCCUCUCUCAUUGCGCACCUUUACUUUUCAAUCUUUACGCACCGCCGGGAAAUCUUGGCGCUGUUAAUACGUUGUUGGAAUGGUUUGUACACGAGCUGUGAAUUACAUUUCUUCUCUGUGUCAAUAAGCGGCCAUAUUGUGACGGCAGACGCGGAUCUGCGAACAGCGAACCAGAGUGUGUUUUAAAGAAGGACAUUGAAUGAUUGCAGUGGUCCGGUUUUUAGUCUGCUCUGGACAGAGGGGAAACGUUUUUCGUUCUGUUGCAGCAAUAAUUGCUAGCUGUUCUACCAUACCAGUGAGAAUAAAUAAAAGCAUAUAUUAACGGAUGUCUAGUGCUGUAAUCUCUGAUUUAUAUCUUCCCGCCUUGCCUCAAACUUAAAUUUAUGCGCAACCAGCGAAUCUUUCGUUUUAAUGACGUUGUAGAAAGCAUGGUUAACAACUCGUCUGUAAGUGUCCGGGCUGAAGUAGCUGCCAUUUGCACACCGGCCCUUAAAUGUUCAAAUUUACUGAUAUGGCAUCGGUUAUAAGAAUAAAAAAAAUCUUUAACGUCGCUUUUAUUAGACAAUAUGCAAAAAUCUGGUAACGAAUUAAAAUGAACCUUGCCUUAACACGUCUUUUCAUCAGGACGCUGGUAUGACAAUUUCGUUGUGCACCACCUAGUGGGCGUACUGCUGCACGCCCGAAAACAUUACUUGCCCAGGAAUAACCUAUUCACUCGUAAAUAUGGACAAAUGAAAAGUAGCUCAAAUAACCUUAAUCUUUAUGAAGAAAAGCUGUGACGCGUGCCAUACUGAAACUUGUAGCCUAUUUACUCGUGAAAACCAGCAAGGCUGUCUUGCCGUAAAGUACACCACAAAAGUCGCAAGACCUCUAAUGGCGUAUUCAGGUAGCCACCAAGCGUCAGCGUCAACUCGGCUAUAAUGCGAUGCUAAGACGGCUAUGGUGUGUAUAGCGAUAUGUAACUAUAACG